AUGAGACGUCGGCCGGUUCAUCGAACAACCGUACAUCGAGGAGGCAUCCCCGCAUGCCAUACCCAGACCUUCAAAAUUCCACCAUAUUUGAAGAUAUACUAUGGCACAACAGACCCCGAAUAUCACAUAAUUCAUUAUGUCACAACAGUAAAAGGCAACAACCUCUCAAAAGAGCAGGUACCAUCUGUGUUGCUGAAGAAGUUCGGCAAAACCCUAACAGGGGGAGCCUUAACAUGGUACUCACAAUUACCAGCACCUUCAAUAAAAACAUUCGAGGAAAUGGCCGACAAGUUUCUCACCGCCCACGCCGGGGCUAAGAAGGCGGAGGCUAGAGUGAAUGACAUAUUCGCCGUCAAACAAUUGCCUGGCGAAGGACUCAGGGACUUCCUCGCCCGAUUUAACAGAGUUAGAAUGAGCUUGCCAAACAUAUCAGAAGGGAUAGCAGUGGAAGCUUUCCAAAAUGGAUUGAACAGGAAUGGGUCGAGGGCGACCAGAAUGUUGUUAAGCAAACUCAUGAAAUACCCUCCCACCACUUGGGAAGAAAUUCACAACGCGUAUUGCUCUAAGGUGAGAGCAGACGAAGAUAACCUCAACAGUCCAACCCAACGGCUAACAUCAGACCAAACGGAGUUGAGGAAAGACCGUCGUAAUGACAGCCGAAAAGAUCAUUCAGGUCCACGCCUCAACCGAGACAGGCACAAACCAUAUGUUAGAAUGACCAUCCCAUCAUCUCCUCGACACAUAGAAGGGACGUCCAAGACACAUACAGGGACUCAGCGAAACGAAAGAGAAAUAGUGUACGCACUAGAGAAGCUUGGCCUGAAGGUGAAGUGGACACAAAAGAUGAAGUCCGACCCAAGUACCAGAAAGUCGAAUGUCCUCUGUGAGUUUCAUCAGGAACAGGGUUACAAGACCAAAGACUACAUAGCCCUACGACAAGAAGUGGUGAACAUGCUUCACCAAGCACACUUGAGGGAGCUGAUGAGCGACCGAGGGAGAGCCAACUUCGGCCGCAGACGGGAACAACACCAGGGCCCUCCAAACACACCCUCCCCCGCCCGUACCAUCCAAAUGAUCAUCGGUGGAGGCGACGAAGUAGUAAUCAAUCACGUGAAGUUCACCACCACAAAUAAACUAAAGCGGAUGAUCACCCAUGAACGCUAUGAUGACCUCAAAGACAGUAUCAUCUUCGAUAAGUCAGAUACCCACAGUUUUACCUUUUCUCACUUCAAUGCUCUUGUCAUUACUUUACGUAUUUCAGAUACUGAUGUAAAAAGAAUAAUGCUGAGCGAACCUCAGGAGAGAUAA